AUGCGGAUUCUGCUGGUAGCGAUAGUGUUGGUGUGCGUUGCACGCGCAGGCGCCGUGACGUACGACGUGCUUCACCGCAUCUCCACCUUCACCGCCACGCCGGACUGGACAGUGCGCGGCGCACUCCAACUCAACGCCUCGGACGCUCUUCUUACCAGCUCGCUCUCCACCUCGGACAUCGAGGCACUUCGUACCGCCGCUGCUUCUGCUUCGAAAGAAUGGUAUUCGAUCGCACUUUCUAGCGGCGGUAGCGUACAUGCAUCCACCUCGAUCCCGCUCUGCCAUCUGCGCCAGUCUCAUCCAGACUUGCUCAGUAUCGAUGACACGCUCACCCUCACCACCCGCGGGGCGGGCGUGACGAAUAUCGCGUACCGCAUCAACGAUAUCGCCCUCGACCCGCUUUGCCCCCUCCAAUCCGAGCAAAAACUCACCGCACUCAAGGAAAAGGCAAGGAAAGAGAGGCAGAGGCAGCUCGCCCGACGCUCGAACCGCGGCAAACAGGUGACCACUCCGCAAGCCAAGGUGGAAUUCAACACACAGGUCGUAGUGGUCAACGCAGUGGUCCCGCCCAGGCCGCAACUCAAACAAGCGCUACCCACCAACGAGGACGGCACGGUCCAAACGCCACCGCCCGAAAAGACGUUCCUGCAAAAGUACUGGUUCUACCUCAUCCCCAUCGCCAUCCUCCUCAUCAUGCCGCCUGGCGACGAAGAACCCAAACCCGCCCCCGCUGCCCCUCCUGCCAAAUAA